UGCCUGGGGUCCCGGGCUGGCAAGCGCUCGGGCCUAGGCUGUGGUUUUUCGGGGCAACUUUUCACGCACCAGGAGGCAACCGCCGACCAGCAGAAAAUUCAAGUGGUUGCAGCAGAGCUAGCUCCCGUCGUCACCAUCUCUCAGGGGUCUCUGAGGGGCGUAGCGGCGACCACUCGCGACAACACCACCUACCACAAGUUCCUGGGGAUCCCGUACGCCCAGCCCCCAGUAGGGCCGCUGCGGUUCAAGGGACCACAGGCACCAGGAAGCUGGCGAGGUGUGAGGGACUCGUCUUCCUUCGGUGCCGUGUGCAAGCAGCGGGGAGCGGUGUCGGCCGAGGACUGCCUCUUCCUCAACGUCUUCACUCCCAACCUGCCGGGGAGGAGGAACAUCACCCUUUGGCCGACGAUGGUUUGGAUCCACGGAGGGGCGUUCGUGAAAGGCAGCGGCGACGUGGAUCCCGGACAUCUUCUAGACCUGGGGGUCGUGGUGGUGUCCGUCAACUACCGGCUCGGCGUGUUCGGGUUCCUCGGCCUGGCGGGCUCCGACGCCGGCGGCAACGCAGGGCUGAAGGACCAGGUCGCGGCAUUGCGCUGGGUGCGCUCCAACGUCGCCGCGUUCGGCGGUGACCCCCGCAUGGUCACCAUCUUCGGGGCGAGCGCCGGGGCAGCCUCCGUGCACUACCAGGUGCUGUCGCCGGCCGCCGCGGGGCUGUUCCGCGCGGCCAUCUCGCAGAGCGGCUCGGCGCUGGACCCGUGGGCCUUCAGGCAGCACAGCGACGAGCUGACGGAGCGGCUGGCGCGCCGCCUGGGGCUGGGCGGGGCCUCGGGCCAGCAGCUCGUGGACUGCCUGAGGACUGUAGACCCCGAGCAGCUGCUCUCCGUGUCCAGCCUCCUGCUCGCCGCCGGCGAGACGUCGAUGUACAUCUCGGAGCCGUUCGUCCCCUCGCUGGACCACGCGGUCCCCGGGGAAGAGCAGUUCCUGACUGCCCUGCCUCGCGACCUGGAGGAGAAGGGCCUGUUCAGUGCGGUCCCGUACAUGGCUGGCACCAACAAGCUGGAGGCCGGCAGGUUCGUCGGCUCUGCCACAGCUAUGGAAAAUGCUUCCUACUGGAACCAGAUAGCCAGUCAUCUGGAGCGCAUAGUCCCCGCUGAGCUACAACUGAAAAGAGGAAGUAACGCUUCCCAAGCAAUGGCAUCCAGGAUCAAGGAUUUAUACUUCCCUAACGAAACUAUGUCUUACAAGACGAGGCAAAAUUGGAUUGACCUGCAGACGGACUACCAGUUCACAGUCGGGGAUCAAAGGCGGCUUAACCACCACAUUCAGCACACCAACCACACUUACGAGUAUCAGUUCUCGUACGGGGAAAGCACGCACGGUGCUGAGGUGAGCUACGUCAUGUGUCACGUGCCGUCAGCUGAGAGUCACGUGUGUCGGCUGGUGGGCGAGAUGUGGACCAACUUCGCGAAGAACCUGGACCCCAGCACGGCGGCGCUGGCGUGGCGACCGGCGACCGCGCGUGACCGCUGCUACCUCGACAUCGACUCCCGGUCCGUCCUGGUGCGCGGCACCAAGGUGGCAGCGCGCACGCAGUUCUGGCAGGGCGUCUUCGGCCCCAAGUACUAGCGACGACCGCAAUAUUCAAGGAACUUCAAUGAACACUUGGGACCAUCGAUUGUAACCUAGGGUCCCGGCGGGCAAAUACUUUUUUUUUUCGGCUCCCUCCCAAUUAUUAUUAAAACCAGGGGCGCAACAGCAGGGGGGGGGGUGCAAGGGUAUUUCCCCCCCCCUCUCUGAAACCUUGAAGUGGGGGUGAACGGGGGCAAAGAAAGUGCUGUGUAAUCAAUUUUUUAGAUAAUAAAACUGCUUAAAUAGCACCAUUUUCCACCUUGAAAUACAAAUUUUCCCGGGGGAGGACCCCCAGACUACCCGCUUCAAUAGGGGGGGAUCGAUGAUUGUUUAUAAAAAGGUAUAUUGCCCCCCCCCCCCCCUUUGGAAAUAUAGUUGUUGCGCCCCUGAUCAAAACAACAACUUUUUCAAAACCCACGAAGAAAAUACUUUAAACAUUACUGUGACCAUAACUGUAAACGUCUUACAUACGUGUAGCAUUACUUGUAAGGUUUCCUAUGAACUCUAUAUUUGUAAAUUAAAUCUGUCAUCAUAUCAAACAUUAAAAAAAAAAAAAAUCUUGAAGUUCCACCCCUCUCCCCUCCUCUUCGUCCCCUCACUAAAAAUGGUCCUGUGUAUGUGUGGUUUUUUUUCUCGGUGGGAAUUCUGUUCCCUGUUUGGAGAUUCUUC